AUGCCCAGAAUCACCACCUGGAACGUGAACGGCAUCCGCAACCCGUUUGGCUACCAGCCAUGGCGCGAGAACCGCACGUUCAACGCCAUGUUCGACAUCCUGGAGGCCGAUGUCGUCGUCAUGCAGGAGCUGAAGAUCCAGCGCAAAGAUCUCACCGACGACAUGGUGCUGGUCCCGGGCUGGGACUGUUACUUCAGCCUGCCCAAGCACAAGAAGGGGUACUCGGGCGUCGGCAUAUACACGCGCCAGUCUGUAUGUGCGCCCAUCCGCGCCGAAGAAGGCCUCCUCGGAGUGCUCUGCCCGCCCGGCUCGUCGACGGCAUACCGAGAUCUCCCAGAGGACGCCCGCAUCGGCGGCUAUCCAACACCCCUACAGAUCGCCGACCUGGGCGUUGACCCCGCCUCGCUCGACGCGGAGGGCCGCUGCGUCGUCCUAGAGUUCCCAGCCUUUGUGCUCUUCGGCGUCUACAGCCCGGCCAACAGCAACGGCCAGAGAGACAACUUCCGCUACGGCUUCAUCACCGCCCUCGACACUCGCAUCCGGAAUCUCGCCGGCAUGGGCAAAAGGGUCGUCUUGACCGGGGAUCUGAACGUGUCCAGGGAAGAGAUCGACACGGCCAAGGCAGAGGAGAGCAUGCGGCAAGAGGGCAUGACACGGGAGGAGUACCUCAACGCCCCCAACCGGCGAGUCUUCAACCAACUCAUCGAGAACGGAAAGGUUCCCGGCGACCGCGAUGAAGGCAGAGAGCGGCCCGUUCUCUGGGAUAUCUGUCGCGAAUUCCAUCCGAUGCGCGAGGGCAUGUACACCCACUGGGAGCAGAAGAUCAAUGCGCGGCCCGGAAACUUCGGCUCGCGCAUUGAUUACGUGCUUUGCAGCAUUGAGAUGAAGACUUGGUUCGCCGAUUCGAACAUACAAGAAGGACUGAUGGGCUCGGAUCACUGUCCGGUAUACGCGGCGACAAAAGACGUGGUGGACUGCCGGGGGAAGCAGGUGCACAUUCUGGAUAUCAUGAACCCCCCCGGCAUGUUCAAGGACGGAUCGAGGGUGAGGGAGUUUAGUGCGACGAGAGAUCUUCUCUCGCUAUCAGGAAAGCUGCUGCCAGAGUUUGACAGGCGACGGAACAUCAAGGACAUGUUCAAGAAGAGGACAACUACGUCUCCCAAGGACUCGCAGUCCAUUCCCAAUGCGGCGCGAGGGGAUAUAUCGCAGCCUCUCACUUUGGCUGUAUCGCAGCCUCUCACUUUGGCUGUAUCGCAGCCUCUCAGUUUGGCUAUAUCGCAGCCUCUCACUUUGGCUGGUGGCGCGACUACACUUCCCGCUCACCCUGCCGCAUCGACCGGUCCCGGCAGCAAACGCACAACGACUCCGAGUCCUCUAAACUCGCCAGAAAAACGCCGCUCGUCAGGAGCACCAGCAGCAAAGUCAACCAAGAGAAGCAAGCUCAGCGUAGGCGCUUCUUCAAGCUCGCAGUCGCUCGCGAAGGGACAGCAGUCUCUCAAGGGCUUCUUCGCGCCCAAGCAGGCUAACACUAAUCCUGAGAGUAGUUCCCAAACGCCCGCGCGCAAACGCUCUGCAGACACCGGACCCGUCGAACCCUCCGCUGCCGAUGUCACCGACGCCCCACCCCAAGCACCCCCGCAACCAGCCACCGAGCCCUUCGUCGACCCGCAAGCCUCAAAGGAAUCAUGGGUGAAGCUCUUCUCCAAGAAGCCGCCCCCUCGCUGUGAAGGGCACGACGAGCCCUGUAUAAGCCUGAUAACAAAGAAACCCGGGGUCAACUGCGGUCGGCAGUUUUGGAUAUGUCCAAGACCCAUAGGACCGUCCGGGCAGAAGGAGACCGGCACGCAAUGGCGCUGCGGGACGUUUAUAUGGGCGAGCGACUGGAACGCACCGAGUUCGCGGACAUGA